AUGAAGUACUGCUAUGUGUCUGGCGACCCUGAAUGGACACUCGGAAACUGCGGAAUAUUUGGAAGAUGCCAUGGGACCAUCGGUGCCUUGGCAGCAAAGCUGAACUUUGCCCGCUUUCGGGACGAGGGACGAAAUAAUAACGUCACAGAAGCCUUUGAUGUGGCCGAACAAAAAAUCAGGGGCAAUGUGGCCGACAUCAACUUUCGAAACAAAGGCGACGAAGAAACUCAGCUCCACGUAUCAUGCGCCCUUGGCGCCCCUCGUGCCAACCUCGAAAACAGAAUCCCGGAACUUAUCACUGCACUGCUUGAAAAGGGAGCAGAUGUGAAUGCAGUCAAUCGCCGAGGACAAACUCCCCUAGCCUGUGUUUGUGAUUCGCGUCUCCGCAGGAGUGAAACACUGAUUUCAGCCGCGCGACAGCUCUUGGAAUGUGGAGCAGAGCCCAAUGCAAGAGAUCAAGAAGGGGCAACGCCUUUUUCCGUUGCGUGUAUUAGACACCCCGAAAAGUUGGAUGUGCUGGGACUGCUUGUUGCUGCUGGGGCCAAUGUGAAUGCAAGGAACAACCAAGGUAUGACUCCUCUUCAUCGAGUUUGCAGCCACAGCACGGAGAGGGGAGCCGAUUUGAUAACCUUCUUGCUGGGCAAUGGAGCCAUGGCAGAUUUGAACACACAAGGAGGCAGCGACGGUCGCACUGCGCUUCUUUGUGCCGUUUCCAGUGGCAACGAAGGAGUUGCGAAGGUGUUGCUUGAUGCUGGCGCCAGACCAGAUGCCAGAGACGAAGGCGGGAACACAGCGCUGCAUUUGGUUUGUGCUCCGAGUUGUUAUUUCCGUAAUAUCCAUCGUGUGGAUGAGUUGGUGGAGCUGUUCCUGGAUCAUGGGCGAGCCCCCGAUAUUGAAACUCAUCAAGUAAACGCGAGAGGAGAGAAUGCAUUAACGAUGGCGGCUUUGGGUGGGCAUUUGAAACUGGUUGAGCUUUUCCUGCUUCGCGGUGCGUCUGCUGUUGGCCAAUGCGGAGAGAAAGCUCUUGAAUGUGCUUGCAGCAUGUUUUGCUUCACUCUCGUGUCGGCGAGCUGGGGCGGCUGGCAUGAUCCUCUUUGUGGGGAAAAUCUAUUGUGGUCCCGCCUGUAA